AUGACAAAUAACUACAUUUCACUUGUGUCACUGAAAUUAAAGGCUGCGUGGGAAGGUUCAACACCAGGUGUCAAGUCUUGGGAGGACGGCGCGCUGAGCAAGUCGCAGUUCCCGGUGUUCGCCCUGUUCGCGCGCAAGAUGUGCGCGCGCGCCGCGGGCCGCUGCGCGAGACCCUGGAGCUUCGAGGUGGUGCGCGGCCACGAGCUGCGGACCUACGUGCGCCACCGCCGCCGCGUGGGCUCGCGCCGCGAAUGCAUGGAGCUGUGCCUGCAGGAGCGCGAGUUCGCCUGCCGACUCACUGGUUCUGAGAAAUCACUUGUUUUUCAGAAAGCCACUGAAAUGGUCACUGAAACCGUACGAAGUUCUUCGAAGCGUGUUCAAAAUUGGGCCAAAGUCGUGCCAUACGUGAAACUUGAAGGCGGACAGCGGCACAAUGGCUCUCGAAUGGGGGCCAACACUCCCAUAAUCGGGGCGUGCGGUCGCGUUAGGGACGCCUUGGGCGCCGCCGCCCCUGCGGCACGGACGUGA